UGAAAAAGGGCACGGGCUCCUCUAUCUCAUAGAGAACUUGGGAGUCCCUCCCUUCAGCUGCACCCAUGGUUACCUCCUCCAGAACAAGCGAUUCUUCUUCGAGCCGAUCCAAGCAGGAGAAAGAAUACGUUGCCAGCAUCUCAUGGAAGCUUUCCCAUCUUAAGAAGCAAGUUCAAGCUUCGCGAUUAAUUGCAGUUCGAGAAAAGAUACUGAAGAAUAGGAAGAAUCUGGAGGUAUACACUUCCCAUCUCUUCGAAUUGGAAGGAGAAGCAAGAGAUGCCGGUGCCCUUGGAGUCCGAGAAUUCGUGGUUCGCCUCAACAAGCUUCCCUUUGUAGAGAAGAUACCGCCCUAUACUACUUGGAUUUUCCUGACUAGGAACCAAAGAAUGGCAGAGGAUCAGAGUGUUCUUGGAAGGAGGCAGAUAUAUUAUGAUCCCUAUGGGAACGAGACACUCAUAUGUAGUGAUAGCGAAGAAGAGAUUGUGGAACCAGAUGAUGAGAAACAUGACUUCUCUGAAGGGGAAGACCACAUUCUUUGGAAGGCAAUUGAGGAAUUUGGUUUAAAUCAAGAAGUCAUGCACAUCCUUUGUCACUCCAUUGAAGCCUUCCCUGAGGAAAUCCAGGAAAGAUACAAGGCUCUCUUAGAAAAGUACAAUAAAAAUAAUGAGAGGAAGGCUGAUGUUUCAAGUGAGUUCGAGCCUAAAUCACUUCUUGAUAAGACUCUUAACGCUGCUUUGGAUUCCUUUGAUAAUCUAUUCUGUCGACGAUGUUUGAUAUUUGACUGCCGUCUCCAUGGUUGUUCUCAAAAUCUUAUCACUGCAAGUGAAAAACAGCCAUAUGGAUCUGAUCCGGAAGAAAGUGGGAAACCCUGCAGUAAACAUUGCUAUCUCAGAAAAGGAGAAAAGGAGGAAGUUCCAUUUCCUAUUGAAAAGGACUCGAAGCAAAUUAAGAAAAUGGAAUCUGCUUCACCCUCUGAAUCCGAAGAUUCAAAUCCGGAUGAUGAUAUCACAAAUAUAACACCAUCUACUGGGCUAUGCUCUGAUGUCAAUAGAUUGGCCAUUGUUUCUUCAGAGUCAGUUGUUAAUGUAGGUAAGCGAAAGAACUUGAAACAGGAGAAUAUGGCAUUGGAAAAACCUCAAACUUCUGGAAAACAUGAUGGUCCUGUUGAUAAAAAGCAGAAAAAGAUAUCAGAAUCAGAUUUUUCUCCACCGAGUAGAGAGAUAGAUAUGUUACAUACAAAUAUCACCUCACGUACUGAUACCAAAUGCCAAGGCGGGGCUGCAAAUUAUGAGCUGCUUCAACACGAAUCUAAUGAAUAUCUAUCUCUAACUAAAGAUGAUCAUGGUAAUGAAUAUGGUACCAACAUUAAGGACUCAGAAGUAAAUAGGAAGACUGAAGUUUCCCUUUCAAAGAGCUUUUCCAGUUUCAGCAGGGAGCAGACCUGUGGUUGGAGUGUAAUUGAGAAAGAUCUUUAUCUAAAGGGCAUAGAAAUAUUUGGGAAGAACAGUUGCCUUAUCGCAAGAAACCUACUUUCGGGACUAAAGACAUGCAUUGAGGUGUCAAAAUACAUGUUCAAUGAUGGGGCAUCAUUGCAGACCAGACCUUUAUCAAGUAGUUCGUGCAUGGAAGAUAGUGGAAGAUGUGAUCAUGCUGUAACAGAGCAUGAUAUGCCAGCUAGGACAAAGAUCUGGCGUAAGAGGGGCAGAGCUAGGAAGCUGAAAUAUACAUGGAAAACUACUGGCCAUCCAUCAAUUCGGAAAAGAAUAGGUGAUGGGAAGCAGCAACCAUGUAAACAAUUUACACCCUGUGGUUGCCAGCAAAUGUGUGGGAAGCAAUGCUCUUGUAUGGAAAAUGGAACCUGCUGUGAAAAGUACUGCGGGUGUUCUAAGAGCUGCAAAAAUCGCUUUAGAGGAUGCCACUGUGCGAAGAGCCAAUGUAGAAGCCGACAGUGUCCUUGUUUUGCUGCUGGUCGUGAAUGUGAUCCUGAUGUCUGCCGAAAUUGUUGGGUCAGCUGUGGAGAUGGUUCGCUUGAUGAACCACAAUCUGCGGGUGAUGGUUAUCAGUGCGGAAACAUGAAGCUCCUCUUAAAGCAGCAACAGAGAAUUUUAUUAUCGAGAUCUGAUGUUGCUGGAUGGGGUGCUUUUAUAAGGAACCCUGUUAACAAAAAUGAUUAUCUUGGAGAAUACACUGGCGAAUUGAUCUCCCACAAGGAAGCAGACAAACGUGGGAAGAUAUAUGAUAGAGCGAACUCAUCUUUUCUCUUUGAUUUAAAUGAUCAGUUUGUAUUGGAUGCUUAUCGUAAGGGUGACAAGUUGAAGUUCGCAAAUCAUUCAUCCAACCCAAAUUGCUAUGCCAAGGUAAUGCUGGUCGCUGGAGAUCACCGUGUUGGAAUUUAUGCUAAAGAGCAUAUUGAAGCCGGUGAGGAGCUUUUUUAUGAUUACCGUUAUGGACCUGAUCAGGCACCUGCAUGGGCGCGGAAGCCUGAGGGAUCAAAGAGAGAUGAUUCCUCUGUUUCCUUUUACCGCGCUAAGAAAAUCGCUUGAGUUGGAAAUUUCCAUAAUAUUGUGUUUAUAAAUAAGAGAGAGGGCGUGAGCAUUUUAUAAAGCAAAAUAAUGCAUAGAAUUGUAACAUAAUGAAGAGCAAUGCGUGUGAAAUAGUAAUAAAAGCUCUGCAUAAAAAAAUAAAUUGAACUCCACUUGAUUGAUUAUAAUACCCUUUUGGUUGGGAAGUGUGUGAUUGAGUUAAUUAAGUGGAUUUCAAUUUGAUUUUUGUAUGAUUGUAUCAA